GUUCUUGCCAUCCAUAGCUUCCAUUAUACCCUGGGCAAGGAUGUCAGUGUAAAUAAGGACCAUCUCAACGGAAACAAUCAGGAUUGGGACCCUUUUAGCAGUCUGCGUCCAUUGCGUCGCACAAAACGGAGAUGGGUCAUUACCACUCUUGAACUUGAGGAAGAAGACAGUGGCCCGUUCCCCAAACUGAUUGGAGAGCUCUUCAAUGAUGUAUCCCAAGAUGCCUCCUUAAAAUAUUCAAUUAGUGGACCUGGUGUGGAUGAAUAUCCAGAGGUUGGAUUGUUUUCUAUCAAGGAUGAUGCCAGUGGAGAUGUAUAUGUGCAUCGUUCUAUAGAUCGAGAGAAGACGUCCUCUUUUCCAAUACGUUUUGAUGUUCAUGAUGGAAUGACUGGAACAAUACUAGACAAUUCCUUGUUCUUCAAUGUUCAGAUUAAGGAUAUAAAUGACAAUGCUCCUGAAUUUCUCCAAGAGGAAUUUAACAUUAAUGUGAAAGAAAAUCACAACAAAAAUGAACCUGUUUUCAAUGUCACAGCAGUGGAUAAAGACCAAGAAGGCACUGCAAAUUCUGAAGUGGUAUUUUGUCUGCUUUCACAAACACCUCAUCUGAAGCCUCCUCUCUUCACUAUGGAUUCCUCUAGUGGCUUAAUACGCAUUACACAAUGCUUGGAUUAUGAGGCUGAUAGAACCUUCAGACUUCUGAUCAGGGCUUCAGACCGUGGAUCUCCAUCCUUGUCAUCAACUGCAACAAUCAAUAUUGCUCUAGAAGAUUCUAACAACAAUUUGCCUAUAUUCACCCAAGAAAAUUAUCAUACGGAUGUCCCAGAGGGUACAACCAAAGAUGAUAUCCUUCGCCUCAAGGUGGAAGAUAAAGAUAGUCCUAAUACACGUGCUUGGAGAGCCAAGUAUACAAUAAAGUCAGGAAAUAAAAGAGGAAACUUUGCUAUUGUGACGGAUCCGAAAACUAAUGAAGGUGUUUUAAGUGUCAUCAAGCCUUUGGUCUACGAUAGUCCUUCUGUGAGGAUACUUCUCAUUGUUGUGGAGAAUGAAGAGCCCUUCUUUUUAUGUGAGAGAGGCUUGGUGAGCAUCAUUUCUCCUCCAAAAUUNUCUGAAGUGUCAGUGAGCAUUAAUGUCACAGAUCAGAACGAUGCCCCUCAGUUCAAUCCUCCAAUUCUUAAUCUUCAACACCAAGAAGGGCUGAUGCCUGGAACCAGACUUGUACAAUAUGUAGCUCAGGAUCCAGACAUAGCACAAGACAAGUUAAGAUACAAAGUAGUGUCUGAUCCAGGUGGUUGGGUGAAGAUCAAUGAAAAUUCUGGAAUUGUGACAGCUGUAAAAACUCUUGAUAGAGAAUCCCCAUUUGUGAACAACAGCAUGUACACUAUUGUGAUUCACGCCAUUGAUGAUGGUAUUCCACCAUUAACUGGUACAGGUACAAUCCAAUUGUACCUCUCUGACCUUAAUGACAAUGCUCCAAUGCUAGUUACACCAUUCUUGGUAGUCUGUGAUGGAAAAGAAGAGGGUCCUUUCCAUAUAAAAGCUGAGGAUAAAGAUUCCUAUCCAUAUGCAGAACCUUUUACAUUCCAAUUGGAAGACGCUUUGGAGGGUACUGAAAAUUCCUGGAGACUGGGAGAGAGCUCUGGUAAUUCUGUUGAUCUUUUUACGCUGAAAAGCCUCCCUCCUGGCAAUUACUCGGUGCCUCUCCGCAUACUUGACUUGCAAGGGUUUUCCAGGCAACAGAGCCUGCAUGUCAAGGUAUGCUCUUGUCCAGAUGGGAUCACAUGUGAGCCACCCCUUGAAUUGGCAGCUGUAUCACUGGGUCUCAGCGGGGGAGCAACUGGCACAAUUGUGGCUGCAUUUCUAUUAUUGAUAUUGGGCCUGGCUGUCCUGCUAUGUUCCUGCAUCUCAAAAGUGGAGAAAGGCCCUGCCUUCAUUCCAUAUGAAGCAGGCAACCAAUCCCUGAUUAACUACAAUGAAGAAAGUCAACAUGUUUUGUCUCAGGAUACACCAGACCUGGGAAACCAUGCAGCACCAUCCUCAGUGUAUGCAAACAUUUUGAAAGAAAAACCACAAGUUCUUGAGAAUGUCUCGGGGGCGAUGCCAAUGAAGCUUACAGAAAAUCACCAACAUCCUACUGGAAGUGUAACUUCACCCUUUAACACUAUCAAUACUUGGAAUCAGCUGGAAAUCUGGAAUCAUCAGAACGAUAAAACACGCAGGAAAAAACCACAGGAGAAAAUUUUGGAAAUAGCAGCUGUUGCCUUGAAACAAAAAUGUGAUGACAUGACCAACCUGGAGGACAACCUAGUUUCUUAUGUGCCUCGUGUUUAUGCAGAGGAAGGAAUAUUGGAGAAAAAUGAAUCUGUGUGGUCCCUUUCUAUUCCAGAUGAUGACAAAAACAGCCUGCCUGCCGAGGAUUUCCUGGAUGCCCUGGAACCUAGAUUUAUUUCUCUUGGAAAAAUAUGCAGUAAAUGAUGAUAGCUUUUGGCCUGUCCUUAGCCAGGAGUUUUCUAAAUUAAUUUGCCAUGGGACUUUUUUAUAUGAUAAAAAGUAUGCUCUGAAAAACGUUCAGAGUGUAUGCCACUUGCUCAUUCUGUGAGCGAAUAAACUCAUUCUGGGGUCUCAUGUUCAGGUCAUUAGAAAACCUUUCCUAUUUCCUUUGAAACCAGGUAGAGUCCAUGGACAGGUAGGAGGUAAGUUCUAGUUCUGACUGUUCAGUUCCUGUCUCCUUCAUUUCUCCUCCAUGCCUGACCACUUCCCAAUUAGCCAUCUUGUGUCAUCGUUUAUGUGCUAUCAACACAUAAAUAAUUCUGGGUUUUAAAAACAAAAAUGGCAACUGUAGCAGGAAUUCUUGAGGAGAGGGGAUCAUGUCCAUUCCGUGAUUUGCUUUAAAUUAUGCAGAAGGCUUUCUUGAUGAGAAGUUAAGUAGCUGCUUCCUUACAAAGUGGGUUUCUAUUUGUGCAAAAGUUUGCAGGGGCCUGGAACUUGGGCAGAUGAGAAGGACAAGCAAGUGUCUUUUCUUGUUUUUUUUUUUCCAUUACUCAUCCUUUGCAAUGCCAGAUUAUGUAUGCCUGGAUGUUUUCUUCAAUAAUAAAUCCAUUUUCUAAAAUUUCUUGUUGUUACAUAAACGUAUUAUCACAGGGGAGUUGGAAGCAACCAGUUAAAAUGCAUCAAACCAUGUAUUUUUUUUUCCAAUUGAAACUCUAGACAGCUUCAAGGAGGUUUUUCUGGUGAUCUUCUUGAAAUUUAAUUUUAUUAUCAAAGGUGGUAAAGGAAGGUGAUACUGCUCAAGCCUCCUCAGCUGCUUACACUUCCCAUUCUGAAAGAGCCCAACAGGAGGUGUUCUGUUUUCUUCCCUGGAAUUUAAUUCACUUCUGGUGUGAACCAGGGCAGUGUAAUAUGGUCCUGCCUGCGAGGAGACACCAACAGUCUCAUGGCUGCAUUGCAGACAAAUUGCCAUUUCCAAAGACUCUUUACAGUGGCCCUAAAGAAAGAUUGUUGCAAUACUGUAAUCCAAUUAGGAACAGAUGUUUCCCAGCACAGUAAAAAUAAUUGGAGACUGCAGCCUUGUGCCCUGUGGGGAGAUGUGCUCCCCUGCCCUGAAAAUGGGAGCUAAAAAAGACCCCAGGAGGCUGGAGGUAAACGUGGGAGUGUUGCCUUCUGAGAAACAGGUGGUUCAUUAGUGGUCAUAGUC